CUAGCCCUCCCUCUUUCUCUCUUCCAUACAUCAUAUGUGAUCAGUGUGGUUUGUUUGUGUGUGAGUGUCUGUGUUCAUCACAUGUAUCUAGUAGAUCACUAAGAGAUGUGUCUGUGUUUCUCUCAGUUGAUUGGCUGUCAAGUCCGCAGGGAUCCAGAGGGAUCUACUGAGCGCUACACACGCUGGAUCAACAACAUCAGCCAGGAUCAACUCAGCACCCAGGUGUACACCUCUCACGGCCCUACGGUCAUCAUGCCAACAUGGUUCUGCUCCAGGGAUUGGUUCCAGCGGGUCGGAACCUUUGACGAGGGCGGCAAGGGAGUUCCAGAGGAUCUGUUGUGGUUCUAUCAGAGUGUUGGUCAGGGAGGAGGUGUGGUCAGAGUGGACCAGUGUUUACUAGUCUACCGCUACCAUCAACAAGCUGCUACACACUCUGUCCUGGAGGAAACCAUUUGGAACCUCCGUGUGGCCUUCCUCCAUGAGAGAGUUAUCAACCAAUGGGAAUCCUUCACCAUAUGGAAUGCUGGGAAACAGGGCCGGAAACUAUACCGCUGCCUCAGUUCCUUCAAUCAGAAGAAGGUUCGAGCGUUCUGCGACGUGGACGAGAAUAAGAUCAAGAAAGGCUUCUACACCUAUGAGGAGUCCAAGGAGAGGCCCAAGCCUCAGAUCCCUGUAAUGCACUACAGAGAUGCGUCUCCACCCUACAUCAUCUGUGUCAAGCUGGACAUGACCGGAGGAGUGUUUGAGGAAAACCUGAAGUCUCUCCAUCUGGAAGAAGGAGUUGACUACUACCACUUCAACUAACACUCUGGGAUGUAGAGAUGGAGAGGAGGGGAGUUGACUACUACCACUUCAACUAACACUCUGGGAUGUAGAGAUGGAGAGGAGAGGAGUUGACUACUACCACUUCAACUAACACUCUGGGAUGUAGAGAUGGAGAGGAGAGGAGUUGACUACUACCACUUCAACUAACACUCUGGGAUGUAGAGAUGGAGAGGAGGGGAGUUGACUACUACCACUUCAACUAACACUCUGGGAUGUAGAGAUGGAGAGGAGAGGAGUUGACUACUACCACUUCAACUAACACUCUGGGAUGUAGAGAUGGAGAGGAGAGGAGUUGACUACUACCACUUCAACUAACACUCUGGGAUGGAGAGACAGAGGGAUGGAGGUGGGGGGGGGGGUGAGUGUUUGAGGGUUGGAUGCUGAGAAGGAUAGAUGGACUAUGACAGUCAUCUGGUGCGCCUGCUUGCUGUCUAGUUAGUAUAAUAUGUGUGGCAGCAUGUCCAUGUUGAUCGUGGAGAUAAAUCACAAAUACAAACGUUUCCAAUCA